AUCUCUUCAUUAAGGGCAACUUCACACUUCACACUGCUGCUGGCCUUUCACACACUCGCCUAUACACACACACACACACACACACACACACACACCAAGAGACAAGCUCCGGACUGCAUUUCAACACAAUAAACCAAAGCAGACAGGCUUUCAGGACCGAAAAGAAGAAGAAGAAGAACACAAAUUUUCUCACUUUUCUUCAGAGUAAUACUUUUAUCCUUCAUUUCCAGCACUCAGCACGUCUCAUCCUCGUCAGCUUUAAGCUCUGACAGCUCGACUCCACCACUCCACUUCUCCGCCCUCACCUCCUCCUGGCUGAAAUGUCUACUUUCAGACAGAUUUUACAGCGAGCAGAUCUUCAGCUUCUCAUGCUGCUGCUGCUUCUGUCCUGGUCUGCUUUAAAGGUCCAGGCUGAAUGUCCGUUGAAAUGCUCCUGCCCUCCCUCUCCCCCCUCCUGCCCGCCGGGCAUCAGCUCAGUGCUGGAUUCCUGCGGCUGCUGCCGGCUGUGUGCCAGACAGUUCAACCAGGACUGCAGCCCCACAGAGCCCUGCGACCACAUCAAGGGGCUGCGCUGCCACCUAGGGGCUGGAGGAGACCCCCAGAGAGGCCUGUGUCGAGCAGAGGCUCAAGGCCGGCCCUGUGAGCUGGAUGGUCGAGUUUAUCAGCACGGGGAAGACUUCCAGCCCAGCUGUGAGCACCGCUGCAGCUGCAUGGACGGCGUAGUCGGCUGCAUCCCCCUCUGCCCGCACCACGUUCCUCUGCCCGACUGGCGCUGCACCCGGCCCAGACUGAGCACUCUGCCCGGACGCUGCUGUCAGGAGUGGGUCUGUGAUGAUGAUAACCGCAUCGAUGAGGAGGACCUGUCAGUGGAUCCCACACCUUAUGAUCAAACUGACCUCACGGGAAAUGAGCUGCUGGAAAUGGCACCAGCACCUUGGGACAGCAGCGCAGGAGCUCCAUAUCAAGAGUGGACCUCCACCUCCCAGUCCCAUGCUCUGGUUCCAGGCACCUGCUUCCUGCAGACCACUGAUUGGUCCCCCUGCUCGUCCACCUGUGGGAUGGGCGUGUCCAGCAGAGUUACCAAUAGCAACGCAGAGUGUCGGCUUGUCAAGGAGACGCGUCUGUGUCGGAUACGCGAGUGCAGCGAAAGUCUAGUGCAAGCACCCAAGAAAGGAAAGAAGUGUCAGCGGACGACGAGGCCACACAGACCCGUCCCCAUCACAUUUGCCGGCUGCUCCACAGUACGCCGCUAUCGCCCGCGUUCCUGCGGAUCCUGCGUAGACGGCCGCUGCUGCACACCCUCGCAGACUCACACAGUCCAGCUGCGCUUCUUCUGCCCGCAGGGAGACACCUUCAUCCGCAACUUCAUGUGGAUCCAGCAGUGCAGCUGUACCCGGAACUGCAGCAACCGGGGGCACACCUGGAACCCAGAAUCCCACAGCAUUCCCAACGACAUACACAUAUUCACACACUGACCAGUGUGAACACACACAAACACCUUUACAGCUGGACGUACUUUUACCAAGCAAAAUUCACUCAUUCAAUUAAAUAUACUGAAUUUAUGGACUGAGAACAGUACUCCCCUUUAAAAUGAGCUCAGAAUAUAAUCCAUGUAUUAAAUGCAGAGUACAGCAGGAUGUGGUAAAAGAUGUGUAAUCUUCCUGUAGUAUAUCCGUUUCUUGUAUUUAAUAAGCAAUAAGAUACAAUAUGAGAAAUUGUAUUGAAUAAACGUAAAAUAACUUAUUUAUACUGUACAUGUAUAAUUGCAAAAAAAGCAUCCUUUCAGAAACUGAAUGUAAAAACUGUAAAUACUGUAUGCCUUGUACAGAUUUGUAUUGUAUUAUUAUUGUGUGUUUGUACAGACUUCACUGUGCAGAGGUGGAGUGUCACCUUUUAAAAACACCUCUAUUGUUUGAGGUAAAUAUAUAAUCAAUGGUAAUAUUUUGUAUACAUAUUUAUAAAGAUUAAUUUUGAUAAAUAAACUUGUUACAUAUUU